CGGAAUGUUCGGAGUAGUCAAAGGAAUAUGUUAUCCGAGUUACACGGCAAUGCAUUUCUGACGCGUGCACCGUGUAGGACCGUGUAGGACCGUGCAUCGAAACAAAAUCAGGGAGUGAUUAUCUGCAAUAUUUUGGCUAUGGUGUAAGGACCAAGAACUGUGAUGGCAUCAACACCUAGCACAUUUGUGGCAGUGUCAGCAGCCUCGUCUCCUGUGCCGGGAAUUCAUUCGCAGCAAAUGCCUGCCAGUGCAAUAACAAACAGUCCCGGUAUGGCUGGAGGGCAGCAGGUGGUAGGUAUGGCACAGCAACCACUGGGAUUGCGCCCAGCAAUACCAGCCACACAGUCAGUAACAGUACCAGGUGUAGGUUUGCCGAGCACGGUUAAUAAGGAGAGUAAAGUGCUGGACAAACGAAGACUACAGGAACUUGUAAAGGAAGUUGAUCCUUUAGAGCAGCUUGAUGAAGAUGUGGAGGAGGUGCUGAUGCAGAUUGCAGAUGAUUUUAUUGAGAGUGUGGUGACUUCAUCAUGUAAAAUUGCCAAACACCGCAAAUCAAAUACAUUAGAUGUCAAAGAUGUUCAAAUGCAUUUAGAGCAUAGUUGGGGUAUGUGGGUACCUGGUUUUGGUACAGAUGAGCUCAGACCAUACAAGCGGGCCUGUACAACUGAAGCUCACAAGCAGAGAAUGGCUUUAAUCAGGAAGACAUUGAAGAAAAGCUGAUACUUGUAUACUUGUGUACAUGUACUUGGACAUUUAAAAUUAGUGUUCAUUAUGAAAUCAGAGUGUAUCACAUAUACAUAUAUUUACCGUAAGUUCAUUAUGAACUGUUUACACAUUUAUGGUGGAAAUUCAAUAUGCAUCUUGUAUACAGACAUGAAAGUUCAGUGUACAUCAUGCAUAAAUACAAAUUAAUUCAGUGUUCAUGGUGUACACAAAUAUUUUAUUUGGUAUUGACAUUUAAGGGUAAAUGGAACAGUUGCUUAUAAUGUGUAUAGGGUUAAAGUUUUCCUACAGGCAGAAAUUUUUUUAACUUUGUUUACUGACUGAGAAUCAAGUUUAAAAUGGAAAUAUAUAUCAAAAAUGAUAGGUACCCAGGCUUGAUCUUGAAUUAUCUAGAUUUUUUUUCAGUAUUUUCCAACUUUUAAGGGCAGAUAAUUCAUGAUCAAGGCUGGGUUCCUAUGGUUUGUUUUAUUUCAUAUUUCUGUUUUUGAUUUGAUUCUCUGUCAGUAAAAAAAGUUUUUAAGAAGAAAUUCCUUCUGUAGACAAUGUUUGCCCCGUGUCAAUAUAGAGACUGUUGUAAAUGUCCUUAAGGUUUUAGAGUAUAAUCAAAACACAGAAAUACUUGAUAAAUGAACAACAUCUUUACCAAAAUUUUACCUGACCAUUACAUGUUCUGUCGUACUGUCCCGUACGACGGAUACUUAGAAUAUUCUGAAAAAGUUGUCCCCCUUUGAAAAUGAAUGUCAUUUGUAAAGAAAUAAAAAUAAACAAUUGCUGAAUACUGUGUUCCACCUACUUUUGUGAAAUUUCAACACUUGUAUGUUAUUGCAAAUGCAUCAAAAUUAACAUAUAUAACAUUUGAAAAUGGCGAGUUUUUAAAGGCGUUUAACUGUCUGGAAAUGGGGCCCCUUUAUGCAGUCCUUUUCCGGAAUUCAACAUUUAUAUCAGUAUACUGACACUAAGUCUUGUUCCUUAGAGUAAUAUACAUGUUUUACAUGCUGUUCAAUUUCAUGUGAAACAACUCUUCUUUCCUAUGAUUUGGUGUUGUUUGAAUUUUUUUUUCUCAAAACGUAAGGCCAAGCGCUAACUAUGAACAUGACAAAAUGAUACCGCAAAAUCCUAGUCUUUCCCAUGGACCGAAUUGCUUUAACUUUGUAUACUGACUGCAUAUGAAGUCUGACACAGAAAUAGAAAUUAAAAUAACAGUUCUCUUUCCUUGAUCUUGAAUUAUCUGCCCUUGAAAAUUGGAUAUUUUUGUAUUUUCUUAUCGUAACGGGCAGAUAAUUCAAGAUCAAGCAUGGGUACCUAUGAUUUUUGUAGGUGAUCUGGGUCCACCCCCUAUUUCCAGAGUUAUGGCCCCUGAAAUAGUUAAAAAUGCACAUUUUCACCUUGUGACGCAUCUAACUCAAGAAGUAUUUGAUAUAAAUGGAUGAAACCUUGCACGAGUCUUUAUCAUGAUAUGAACUUGUGCACCUCCUAUUUUUUGUCUGCCUCCGCCCCCUAUUUCCAGAGUUAUUCACCAGAAAUACUUAAAAAUGCACAUUUUCACCAUGUGACGCACCUAGCUCAAAAAGUAUAUGAUAUUAUAAAUGGCUGAAAACUUGCAUGAGUCUUUAUCAUGAUAUAAACUUGCAUACCUCUUAUUUUUUUGGCUGGCUCCACCCCCUAUUUUUACAGUUAUGGCCCCUGAAAUAGUCAAAAAUGCACAUUUUCACGUAAUAAUGUGCCUAGCGCAAAAAGUAUUUGAUGUAAAUUCAUGAAACCUUGCUUGAGUCUUUAUCAUGAUGUGACCUUGCACACUUGGCAUUCUUCUUAAGAAUUUUAGCACUUAUUACGGCCCUUGAAAUAGCCAAAAUAGUGGAUUUUUUGUUUGUGAUGCUCAUAGCUCAAAAAGUAUAUGGCCUAGAAUAAUGAAUCCUUUUCAUAAAAUGUUUGUUGAGGCUAUAUUACCAAAUAAUUCAAAUGUUUGCUAAAGACUGCAAACAUUUGAAUUAUUACACCUUAUUGACACAUUCUAGUUAAUACAUAUUUUGGUUUUAAACUUGAUUCUCAGUCAGUACACAAAGUUUAAAGAAUUUCUGCUCGUAGGAAAAUUUUUGCCUAGGAAAUAUAGGCAACUGUCCCAUUUCCCCUUAAAUCUGGUGUGCAUCAUGUAUACAUAUUUAAAAUCUGUGUGUGUCAUGUAUACAACUAUUAAAACAUCUUAUAACAGACAGUAUAAGUCAGUGUGCAUCUUAUAUACAGACAUUUAGAUUCAGUGUGUAUUGUGUAUACAGACAUUUAAAGUAAAGGUGUGUCAUGUAUACAGCUAUUAAAGCCUCUUUUUAUACAUACAUUUAAAUCAGUGUGCAUCAUGUAUACAGACAUUUAAAGCAGGUGUGUAUCAUUUAUACAGACAUUUAAAAGCCAGUGUGUAUUAUGUUUACAAACAUUUACAGACUUAUGAUGAAGAGUUA